UCGGUGGUUUUCAGUGGAGAGCAGCGCCACAGCGCCCUCUGCCGGACGGCAACUGAAUGAUUCCAACAAUAACAGCUCCCUGCUGCCGUUUCUUCUUCAUUCCAUUGGUGCCUCCUGAGAGCGGGGAUGGGCAGCAUCCUGCAGGAGCGGGUAGCGCAGCGCUGCGUGGAGAGGCUCUGCAUCGGCGACAGGGAAUGGAAGAAGAAAGCUCCGAGAAGCACCAGCAGGCCCAAUGUGGCCGGGACUAAGAUGGGGAGGAGGCAGUCACAAAGGAAGUUUCCACAGCCGCAGUGCCCGAUCCAGGGUCAGGAAAACAACCACGAGAAGAAGCCACAGAGAAGGAAACACAAUUCUAACACUUCCUCGACCAAAUGCAGCGCUCCGCAGCACAGCAGCGCUCAGGGAACCUCCAUGUUUCAUCCAGCGGCCCCUGAGGAGGACAGGAUGAAGAUCAAGGUGUCAUCAGCACACGCUGAUGAGAACAGGAAGCACACGCUACCAGGGCUGAGGGCGAGCAAACACACAGCAGCCCUCCUGGACCACAGCCUGCCUCAUCCCAGUCCUGACCAGCAGGAGGAGCUCUCCCCCCAGGAGGACAGUGACACAGACUUGUCCGAGUCAGAAAGACUCCCCCUGUCCUCCCGUGCCCUCGCCCCGCGACUGGAGCUCAGGCCCGAGGUGGUGGAGGACGGAGACGCCCCGUCUCACUGCCGGACGGUCAGAGGACGGGACUUCCCAGACUUCCUCCCUCCACCGUUCAAUUCGUGGAGCCUCAGUCAGCUGGCUGUUUUCUACAACACGGAGGGCAGAGGGGCCUUCCGGCCCCGGCCAAUGGGCCCCUUGGAGCGGUACUUGGAGAGGUUGCUGCAGCUGGAGUGGCACCAGAUCCAGACAGUUCAGGCGGAGCAUGGGACGCAGGACGUACCAGGAGGGACGCCCAGUUGCCAGAGGUCCAGCGCUGCAGCCCCGGCCCCGACUCGCCUCAGCUCUCCCAAAUGCAUCCUGCAGUGCCAGCGCGCCUUCCCCCUCUCCUUCCUGUCCUCACUAGCCGGACACGCUGCCCUGCUGGCCGGCGGUACUAGCGGUCUAUGCCGGAUCUGCUCCUCCAGCUGUAGCGCAUCAUGCUGCCGCUCCACCCACUGCCACAGACAUCUGUCCAGACUGAGUCCGGAUGGCAGCAGAGGGCCCCUGCCGCGCCCCAAAAGGAGCUAUAGUGAGAGCCGGGUCCACUCCUCAGACAGGAGGCUCAGAACCCAGCGGUCCGGCAGCCCCGCCAGCUCCAGCAGCUACCUGAGGAGGAUGCAGGCUUCAGGAAACAUCCGGAAUCCCAUCCAGGCUGGUCCAGGAAGGGCCCAUUCCUCUGCUAGGGGCUGUGAUGAGCCAGACUGGACAGCGGGAGUACUAAGGAAGAGGAGUGGCUCCGAACAGAGGAGAGGUGGAGGGAGGUGCUUGAACAGAUCAGAGACGAGCCGGAGCAGUUCAGAGAGCAGAACAGGAAGAGCAGAGCGGGGCGAAUCCGCUGGCUGGGCGGAACAGGAAGUCACUGGGGUCAGUGUUCGUUUACCCGGGUCCAGACAUCCCCCCGUCCAGAGGCCGAGCAGGUCCAAACAGGUUGAAUUUGUUACAUGACAGCUCACACACUGCCGUCAAUCAGAGACCUGAUCAUCACCGGAGGAUCAUUCAGAUGAUCAACAUGUCUGUGUUUCAGCUGCAGAAAUUAUUUAAUGACUCAUUUUUAGCAUCAGCACAAACACAACAUGAUGUUUGUUGAAUGUUUACAUGACCAUCAGUGGAACAUGGAGGUGCUAAAGGCCUAGUUGUUCUUUUUUUUAAAAGAUGUUUUUAUCCAUAAGCUACACUGCCUUACAAAAGUCUUCAUACCUCCUGAAAUGUUUUAUAUUUUGUCACAUUGCACACAUAAGCAAAAUGUGUCUUUGUGACACCAGCACAAAGCAGGGACGAUUUCUUUGUUUUUUCAAUCAACGCAAAAACCUAAACCCCAAUAAAUUAAUACAUAAAUAUAUAUAUUCACAUCCAUGUGUAUGUGGCAAUUUUGAAUGUUCCAAUCAUAUUAAUUGAAAUCGGAUGCAUUCAGGUGAGGCUUGUUUGAUGAAAAACCUUUUCAUUAAGCCCGCAUUUCUGUACUGAAAUAUUUUUAUUGGCCUGGUGUAAUAUUCUAAUCAUGUUUUCAACAGUUGUAAGCUGAAAAUCUUCCUAGCCAACUGAAAUAAAGGUCGGAAAACAUCCAUGUGGAAUGAAUCUAUAUAAUAUGUUUCCCUUUGUGAACAGAGUUACCGAAAUAAAUGAGCUUGAAUAAUGUUCCAAUUUAUUAAAUAUGAUUCCCGUGAGGUGACCUGCUCCACCGUCACCUCACGGUCACCGCCUCGUUACCGCCAGUAGAUGGCGGUAAUGAGCCUCUGACUGCCGAACGCCAGUGUUUAAGAUCUCUUCAGUCUAUGCUGGGCAUUACUAGGUCAUAGAUGUGGCAAUGUUUCUGUGGCACCAAAGUACGGAAGCUACACUUAUAACACCUUACAAUGACUUAUAUCAAGAUAGCAAUUCAACAUAUUUUUUGCCUUGUAAGAGUGAUUUGUAACUGAACUAUGUUCUACAAUACAAAGUGCCCUGCAUGAAUCUUUUACUAUUUGGCUGGUGCAAUUUGUAACUUCUGUAGUCCAGUUUCUUUCGCGUACCAGCGCGUGCAUCCGUCAUUGAGCCUUCAUCAACGAAAGUCAUGGAAACGACCGAAUAACAACUGCAGGGACAGUAACAACGGGAGUUAAUUCAAAUGUUCAAAGACAUUUAAACUCAGGUGAUAACGGUUUUAAAGGUUGGUAAUGCUGCUGGGGGUCAAACCUAAAAUCUCUUAGGACUGAGAAGAGACGACGCUUUUCAGGACAAAUGAAAUCUUUCAAGUAGUGAGAAAUUUUAAUCUUUUAGGACUAAUAUGAUGCCACGGUGGACGAAUUAAAAUGUAGAGGAAUUAAAACAACCCCGCGGAGUACAAAUUAAUAUUUGGUUAUGGCUUGGACCACCAUAGAUGUAUUCUGAGGUUCUGGUGAGAACUGGUAAGGACUGAAGACAACCAAGCCAGCUCAUAAUUAUAGGAAGAAACACUUCAAUGUCGAUUCACAGUAUCAAUACCAAGUUUGUAUCAGUUCAGAUCAAUACUAGCUUGAUAAAAUCAAUACUUUAGUUGCAGAUUCCAUCUAGAUUUUUUUUUUCAAUUUUGUAUUGAGUUGUAGUUUAGUUUCUCAACUAUACCUCACAAACUAUUUUGUUUUGAUAUAAAUUUUCUGCACUUUAUUUAGGAAAAACCCACCAAUGGUAUUAAUUGAUUUUGCAGAUGCCUAAACACUUUGUCCAAUUUCUGUCCUAAGUUUGUACAAAAAUAACUCAAAAGGAAAAACCCACAAAAACACCUAACGUAUUGGCAUCAUUGACAUCAGCGAUACGGACUCUGUCGUUACUUGGCAUCGGAUCAAUACCAAAAUAUGCAGAAACACUCGCCUAUUCUUAAUGGCUGUAGUUUGGGAUCCUUCUGGACUCCAAAAUAAGUAUCUUUGUACAUGAAAUAUGUUUUAGCAACAGCCAUUCUAUCUUAUCAUGGUUCAUAAGGUAUUGAAGGUCUCCAAAGAGCUGAAAAAAGACAGUCAAAUUAUUAGAGGGGGGCGUGCCGUGGUGGCGUAGCAGUUAACGCCACCCGUAUUUGGAGGCCUUGAGUCGUCGACGCGGCCGUCGCGGGUUCGACGACAUUUGCCGCAUGUCUUCCCCCCUCUCCUUCCCCGUUUCCUGUCAGCCUACUGUCAUAUAAGGGACACUAGAGCCCACAAAAGACCCCUGGAGGGGUAAAAAAAAAAAAUUAUUAGAAAUGAGGAAGAUACAGGGUGCCUUGAAAAUAGCUUUAUUGUCCAUAAGAAAUAACAGUGAAAAGAGUUGGACAUGUAACUACUUGCCUUCCAUUUCUUACUUUCAAUUUACGUUUUUAACUGUUGAAAAUAAUAAUACUGAAAGAAAAUCAAAAAAAAAAAAAAAAAAAUCAGCUUUUAUACAUAUCCUGCUGUUUUUUUUUUUGUUUUUUUUUCAUGUUUCUGACUGGUAAUGUGUAUGGUACUGAUUUGAUGUUAAGUUGGGCUAAUAAAUGUUCUAACAUUUAAGAGCAGUGAUAUUUACUUGUGCAUUGUUUUGACAAUUCUGGAAAUUGAACGGUGAGUACAAGAGCCUCCACAUAAUGAAGAGACGAAACAUCGUCUCAAGUUUUCCUUAAACUAUAAUUUAAAAAGAAAAAGCAAAACAACAACAACAACAAAAAAAA